CAUUGAGAAGCCCUGAGUUUCAAUUGCCAGGUAUAAUGGCUGUAAAUAGCGUUGAUAACACUUCAGAGAAAGACUCCAUCUCUUUUGAGCAUCCUUCACUCAACACCUGGACAGAUGAAGAAACGGGAGAUGAAUGCACAGGAGUCAAUACCUUCACAGAGGACCCAGCACCCCCAACUGAUGCAACAGAUUGGUCUAUAGAGUUAGGUGCUACUAAAUGGAAGGGUAAUGAUGAUGACCUUGUGGAAGUUGGCUACCGUAGUGGAAAGAAGAGUUUUGCCAAGACAGCACGGAUGUUCAAGCUGAGAAGAAACCUGGACCAGCUGGACAGCAUCCACAGACAGAAGGAGCACAACAUGCUGAAAGCCAGGGAGGAGCUCAAAGCUUGCCGUCUGCAUAUUUCGGAGCUGGAGAGGCAGAGAUAUAGAGUGGAAGAAGAGAUAAAACAACAGAAAGACGCAGACAACUGCGCGGCUGUCUUUCGCCUCCGAGCCAAUCACAAGCGCCUGAGUCAGGAGUUACAGCGAGAAGAGGAGCUGGAGGUACAUGUUGCCACCACUUUGAGGGAACAUGAACUGGAGCUGUGUCAGGUGGAAGUGGACCUAAGUCGUUUCUCCUUACUUUGUGGGGAGGUGCAGAAAGAGGAGCUGGCAUACCAGUCGUUUGAGGCCCAAAGAGGGGAGGCCAGACUGAAGCAGGAGGACACCCAUACACAGGGCCUUCAGCUCCAGACGCAGUGUUUGAAAGCGACGCAAGCUGCAGUACAUAGGGAAGAGGAGACUGGUGGUCAGAGGACCACAGAGCAGGUCCAGGCUAGCCACCAGAAAGCUGUGCUGUAUCUAAAAGAGACAAUCAGCAGGAUGCAUCAGGAGAAGGCAGAGAAGGAACAGCAGAUUUUAGAGCAGAAGCAGAAGAGGAUGGAGGCAGUCCUGUCUUUAAAGGCCAACAUUGCAGCCACCCAAAAAAGUCUUCAUGUCCAACAGACGAGGGCCAAAGCCGAGGCUCAGAAACGAGAGGAAAAUGAAAGACAGCUGAGAAAGUCUCUACAGACACAGGGUACCAACAGCACCAAGUACAUAUACCAACAGAGGAAACUCCAAGAAUUCCACAGAAAGAAAAAAUCCUUUGAUUUGAAGCAGCAAUCCAAACGUAUUGAAAUAAUUUCAAAGUUACUGCUGGAAGAGGAGUUGUUAAAGAGACGCCAGGCUCUGCUUCCCACUCCAUCCCACUCUGUAAACAUGGCCUCAAGGCAAAGGGGAUCUUCAGAGAAGGAGCGCUCACCUACCCCCUCACCACCAUCCAAGCAACGCACGUUGUUCAACGACAGCAGCUCUUCAUCAGAGCACUCUGACCAGGAGGGGAGCAUGGACCUGGAGACCGAGCAGGGCCUCACUGAGAGCCUUGCACAGCCUGAGUUUACUGGAUUGUGGGACCAGACACGUCAAGUCCACCAGCUGAUGGUAAAUCCUAAAACGCAACUGUCUCAUGGACGCUAUGAAAUACUAAGUGAGAAAUUAAUGAGUAAUCAAAGCGAAGACGCUAAAUCAUUACAGACACAACCAAAAAGACAGGACAUGUCUUUGCUCCCAGUGGGAAAACUUCCAGGGGCUGGUAAAAGAGUAAUACAUGGGAAGGGAUUCAAAGGCGCACCUUUCAUCAGCAAACCAGAAACUAUUCUCUUCAAGGACUUUGAGGUGGGAAAGAUUUACAAGAAGAAGGUCAUCCUGAAGAAUGUUAGCUACACAACCAACUAUUGCAAGUUACUUGGUGUCAACAUGGAUCUGAUUGAUGUCAUUUCUAUUAGCUUCCAGCCUCCGGGUCCAAUAUCUGCUGGAAUGGCCUGUGACAUGCAGGUCAUCUUUCAACCAAUGAUAAAUAAGGACUUUAAUGGAGAGGUCCAGUUUGUCUCAGCAGCGGGCCCCUUCAUUGUGCCCAUCAGAUGCACCAUGAAAAAAUGUGAUCUGUCUGUGGACAGCGCCAUCAUUGUUUUUGGGACACAUGUGGUGGGACAGACUAUUUCCCAGGUGAUCACACUGACCAAUAGGGGGGCCUUAGGGACGCGCUUUACUGUGGUUCCCACCCCUAGCUCAUUGCAGCCACUAGGCCAAACUCAGGCCAUGUCUGAGGCCUCCUCUGCCAGAACCCAGCUUUCACAGGACAGGAGCACUUCUGUAGUAGCAGAUUCUACCAGCCAGGAGAGCCAUGCCUUGCAGGACACAAAAGAUCUCAAAUCAGAGACUCAGGAAACUCUGCUGGGCUCAAAUUCCAACAAACAGUCAGAGACCCAGACACCUGCUGCGUCAGAAACCCUGGGGGGUGCGGAGGCUGACACAGGAAGAUGCACCAUAGCCUCAGAACCGCAGGAGGGAAGCCCAGCCAUGGAGGAGCCCUCAUACAGCAGCACCGAUAUCACAAUCGGAGAAGUCAGAGAGGGAGAGGUGGGCCCGUUUGAAAGUUUCAAGUUGGAGGUUGUGUUCACACCCACCAUUCCAGGCAAGGCUGAGAUGUACUUCCAUAUCAAGUUCUCUGACCCAACCUGUCAACCGAUAUCCAUUGUAGUUCAAGGGACAGCUGUGUGCGUGCCUGUGUGGGUGGUAAAGCCAUGCAUUGACCUGAAGAUAUGCAUGUUUGAUCGCCUCUAUCAAGACAGCAUUGUAGUCCAAAGCAGAGCAAGCACUGCUCUUCGGCUGACUUUCGAGGUGUGUCCGGAGCUGAGGAACCACAUGGAGAUCCUCCCUAAAGUGGGCUACAUCCAGGCCAGGUCCAGCUUCAACGCUCAGCUUAAGUUCCUGCCUAGAUGUUCCUUGUCUGAGGAUGCAAAGCAGUUUUUUGACCAAACAACAGGAGUACUGGAAGUUCCAUUGACUGUGCAAGUGACUGAUCAGGUUCAGCCUGUUCCCUUCAUACUUCAUGCAGUCAUCACUUCGUCUGACCUACACUUUGACCGGACAGAGGUGGACUUUGGCUACUGCUCAAUUUAUGAAUCGGUGAAAACUAGUGUAUGCCUCACAAACCUCUCCCUUCUGCCCCAGGACUUUGGAUUUCUGGGCAUACCUCAGUUUAUGGAUGUACAGCCUAACAAUGGCUUCGGCACUCUCCUCCCAUUGGAAACCUUGGAGUUGGAUCUGAUUUUUAGCGCCAAGAAGGCAGGAGAAUAUAACUUUCAGCUCAGCUGCAAAUCCGGUAUAAACAGAGACUUCUCCUUGACAUGUCGUGCAAUCGGGAUCCAUCCUCCUCUAGAGCUGUCUCACUCUGUUGUCCACUUUGGAGCCACUGCAGUUGGGGACAGCUCCACGGCCAAGCUGCACAUUGUCAACAAACACAACCACCACAACGAAUUCACACACACCAUACCACAUAUUGGCCAGGACCCUGUGGCCCCAGAUGGCCCCCAAUGGUUUGCUUUUGUUCCCCCCAAAAACUCAGAGAUUAGCAUCACCCCCAAGGCAGGCCUGAUCUUACCUGGACAGCGGUGCCUAGUGCUGGUGACUUUCAGGCCAAAGCUGUGUGACCAAGCCAUUAAGGAGGAGGCGGUGCGGCUUGUCUUUCGCUCUGAGGAGCUGCACCUCCAAGAGCUGGAAAGUGUUACAGACACAGAGGGGAAAAGUAGGGAAGGGGAUAAGGAGGGACAGGGAGCCUCUAAAAGGGAGGCCCCUGCAGCCCCCCUGAAAGGCAAGAAGCCGCCCUCCACCCAACCCCAGGGGAAGCAGGCCCUGAAGGAGAAGAGCAGCAAGGUGUCCAUCAGCCCAAAAAUAGACAGCCUGUUCAGACCCCCCAAACCAGCUGACAUAGAUCCAAGAUCAGAGGAGUACUCUGCAGGCCGAGUCUCCCUACUGAACUCUUUUCCUGAUCACUAUAAUCGCUACAUCAUCCCCUGCUUUAUAUCCAGCAUAGACCCAACACAGAGUGACACAGAGGCCCCGCCAUCCUGCAGCAGUCCCCUCCACACACUUUACCUGGAGUUGCAUUGCCCAGCCAUUCGGCCUCCUUUAAUGAUCACAUCCAGUAACGGCCAGACUACCAUCAACUUUAACCAGGUGGCUGUGGGUCAGAAAGUGGUGAAAAAUCUCACUGUUCAAAAUAUUUCUCAGGAAGCGUUGGAGCUGAGCUCCUCGGUCCUGGACCUGAGUGGUCCAUUCUCCCUUCUGAAUGCUUUGAGACCGCUUAGUCCUGGAACCACACACAAACUGUUAGUGUCCUUCGCCCCUACUGCAGGGAAACAGUACCGUGAGACCAUGGAGAUCCGCUGUCCAAAGAUGACCCUGGACGUUACACUGUGUGGGGUGGGAGUGGAUCCCCUUGUCACCUCCUCCCACCUGGGUGGCCUAAUAGACUUUGGCUAUGUGUUACAGAAAGAGAGCACUUCCCAAGUCAUCAAGCUGCAUAACACGUCGUCUUUAGCAGUACACUUCUCUGUGCAUCUGGAUAGUCUGUUGCUGGGGUGUAAAGCCCAAAGUGGAGAAAAUUGCCUUCCUGCCCUAUUUAGCCCAGAUCCAGAGGAACAGGAACACCCUACUGUAGGGACACAGAACCACAGUGGUGUGAAUGUGUUCAGCGUGACGCCCAUAGAGGGAGCCAUCGCCCCAGGAAAGAGCCAGGACAUCAGAGUGACGUUUCUGCCAGACCAUGACAGCUGCCACUACUCAGACAGACUGAGGGUGGAGCUCAUGAAUAAGAGCACUGUGUGUGUCACUAUGCUGAAAGGUGCAGCUCGCUCUCACACUAUGUACCUUCGUGGAGGAGACCUGCUGGCAUUGCCGACCCAAGCCCUACUCCUUCUGCCAGGCUCCAAAGACUCUGAGCCCACGGUAAACUGUGAGAAGCACCAUGUGUCUGUGCUGCUCAUUCUAAGAGGAGCCUACGAAGAGGGGGCCGUGACAUCAGCUGUCAGAAAGUUGGAGGUGGGCUGCAUUCGGUCCUCACAGCCCCUAGUCAAUAAGAACGUGGAGUUCAGUUGGGAGGGGCUUCGGACACUGCAACAAAAGGGCUUCAGCGUGGAGCCGACCAGAGGCAUAAUUGAUGCAGGCCACAGAUGCACCAUCACUGUGAUCUGGACUCCCCCUAGGGGCCUUAAGCCCAAUGAGGUUGUUCAGGUGUGUGCACCCCUCAUCUUGAAAGGAGACCAGACCGAGGUAUACAGUGUCACCCUGCUGGCCUUUGCAUCCAGAUGCCUUCAAGAGCCUUCACGCCAGUAUCUAUAAAACACUUCACACACUAACCAAUAUCUGAACACAUAAAACACUUCACACACUAACCUGUAUCUGAACACAUAAAACACUUCACACACUAACCAGUAUCUGAACACAUAAAACACUUCACAUACUAACCAAUGUUUUAACAUUUAGAACACCCAUAACACCAGAGAUGGGACUGCGAGUGACAAAAUUAAAUAUUGUUUAAUAACAAAGUAUAGACUAAAUGUUUUUUUGUUGUUAUUGUACUUUUUGGAAAUAGUAUGCCUUUUAAAAAAUAUGUAAUUUUUAGUAACAUAGUUCAUAUCAAUAUCAAAUAAGACUCUGUCUGUGGUGGAGGGAAACAGAAACCUAGCUCUUAUUGGUUGAGAGUUUUAGAUCGUUAUUUGUCAUUGGUCUAUUAUUAACUAAAUUAUACUUGGUGAUGUCAUAAGGCAAGCCAAAACUUCCACCUAUGCACACCUACUGUGUACACAGUCAGUAGUGUUUUCAACCAUAAACUAUCACAUUUUUACAGUUGUUUGUUUUGUGAUGUGCCGUUUGAUCCAAAACACACAAAGCAUUGUUUGACUGCACUGAGCCUUUAAUCAUGAGUUAUGGGUGUGGGUUGUUUAUUCACUAAGCAAAAUAAUAAUAAUGGUAGAACAAAAUAUUACAAAAAUAUCUUGAAAUGCAUAGGCACAUAAUCACCCUUUGUUCAUUAGUGGGGAAGAUGAGCUCCUGUUAGAAUUCAAUGGUGGCCCCUGUUCUAGGAUGGUUUCUCCACCAGGGGGCUGUGUAGAACUAUAUACUGUGUUAGAGUAUGGCUGCAUACACCACCAAUUAAACGUGUUUAUUGCUUUUACACACAAAAUGCCAUUAUCAGCCAAGGUCACUUUUACCAGGAUAAAGAAAUAACAGCAAAUGUGGUUAAUUGCAUGAAUUCUAUUUGGAAAAG